AAUCCCGCAAGUGGUGUCGAAUUAAUAACAUGAAAGCUGGUGUUGGGAUAUCACAGUACCCGCAACCAAACGGGACCCAAAGAAAGGCCCUAGCUAGUAGCUAGCCUGCGAGACGAGCACGGCACGCGCGUCUUGCUUUCUUUUCUCCAUCCAAAUUCCAAAGACCUCCUCCCUCCCCGUUAGUGGCAGCAGAGUCCUCAAAAUCACACUCUUCCUCAUCCUCUCUCAGAAAGAGAAGGCGAUUAUUGAAAGGUAUAAGAAGAAGAAGGUAUUAUGGUGAAGGUACGGAUGAAUACGGCCGAUGUGGCCGCUGAAGUGAAAUGUCUGCGUCGUCUAAUCGGCAUGCGUUGCUCCAAUGUCUACGAUCUCUCCCCCAAGACGUAUGUGUUCAAGCUAAUGAAUAGCAGUGGAGUUACAGAAUCAGGAGAAAGCGAGAAAGUUUUAUUAUUAAUGGAAAGCGGUGUUCGCUUGCACACCACUGCUUAUGUCAGAGAUAAAAGUAAUACUCCCUCCGGUUUUACUUUAAAAUUGCGAAAACAUAUUCGUGCUAGAAGACUGGAAGAUGUGCGGCAGCUCGGAUAUGAUAGGAUCGUUCUGUUUCAAUUCGGACUUGGAGCUAAUGCACAUUAUGUUAUCUUGGAGUUGUAUGCGCAAGGCAAUAUUAUACUUGCUGAUUCUGAGUUUAUGGUUUUGACUCUUCUUCGGUCACACAGGGAUGAUGAUAAAGGGGUUGCGAUUAUGUCGAGGCAUCGAUAUCCUACCGAAAUUUGCCGAGUUUUUGAGCGAUCGACAGCUGACAAGUUGCAGAAGGCUCUAACAUCUCUUAAGGAACUGGAAAAUAGUAACCCUGUGAAAGUUGAUGCUGAUGGUGGUGACAGUAAUGUGUCUGAUAAACCUAUGAAAGAAAAACAGGGGAAAAAUAAGGGUGGGAAAUCUUCAGUGCCUAGUAAAAAUACCAAUGAAGGGAAUCGUGUCAAACAAGCUACAUUGAAGACUGUUCUUGGGGAGGUGUUGGGCUAUGGUCCUGCGCUUUCUGAGCACAUUAUAUUGGAUGCUGGUUUGGUACCAAAUACAAAGUUUUCUAAAGAUAACAAAUUAGAUGAUGAGACUAUUCAGGUUUUGGUAAAAGCUGUUGCAAAGUUUGAGAACUGGCUCCAGGACAUUAUUUCGGGAGAUGAAGUCCCUGAAGGCUACAUUUUGAUGCAGAACAAAAAUUUGGGCAAGGAUUUCCCUCCAUCUGACUCCGGAAGUUCUGUCCAGAUCUACGAUGAGUUCUGCCCUUUGUUGCUGAACCAGUUCAGAAUGAGGGAACAUGUGAAGUUUGAUGCGUUUGAUGCAGCUUUGGAUGAGUUUUACAGCAAGAUUGAAAGUCAAAAGUCAGAGCAGCAACAGAAGGCAAAGGAGGGCUCUGCCAUUCAGAAACUAAAUAAAAUACGCUUGGACCAGGAAAAUCGUGUGGAAAUGCUGAGGAAAGAAGUUGACCACAGUGUCAAAAUGGCAGAAUUAAUAGAAUACAACUUAGAAGAUGUGAAUUCUGCUAUUUUAGCUGUUCGUGUGGCUCUUGCAAAGGGAAUGGGUUGGGAGGAUCUUGCUCGUAUGGUGAAGGAUGAGAAGAAGGCAGGAAACCCUGUCGCUGGCUUAAUUGACAAGCUCCAUUUUGAAAAGAACUGCAUGACAUUGCUAUUAAGCAAUAAUCUUGAUGAAAUGGAUGAUGAUGAAAAGACAUUUCCGGUGGAUAAGGUAGAGGUUGAUUUAGCACUUUCUGCACAUGCCAAUGCACGGAGGUGGUAUGAACUGAAGAAAAAGCAGGAGAGCAAGCAGGAAAAAACUGUUACUGCACAUGAAAAAGCUUUUAAAGCUGCUGAGAAAAAAACUCGUCUCCAGCUUUCCCAGGAAAAAUCUGUUGCCACUAUAUCACACAUGCGUAAAGUUCACUGGUUUGAGAAAUUUAAUUGGUUCAUCAGCAGCGAGAACUAUUUGGUUAUUAGUGGACGUGAUGCUCAGCAAAAUGAGAUGAUUGUCAAGCGUUAUAUGUCAAAAGGAGAUUUGUAUGUCCAUGCAGAUCUGCAUGGAGCUUCCAGUACUGUGAUAAAAAAUCACAGGCCUGAACAACCUGUACCUCCUCUCACUUUAAAUCAAGCUGGAUGUUUUACAGUUUGCCACAGUCAGGCAUGGGAUUCGAAGAUUGUCACUAGUGCUUGGUGGGUGUACCCUCACCAGGUCAGUAAAACUGCUCCUACUGGAGAAUAUCUUACUGUUGGGAGUUUCAUGAUCCGUGGGAAAAAGAAUUUUCUCCCUCCGCAUCCUCUUAUAAUGGGCUUUGGGUUGUUGUUUCGCUUAGACGAGAGCUCUUUGGGCUCCCAUUUAAAUGAAAGGAGGGUUAGAGGUGAGGAGGAUGGGGUGAAUGAUGUUGAAGAAAGUCAGCCUCUCAAGGAAAUUUCUGAUUCUGAGUCAGAGGAGGAGGAAGUUGCUGGAAAAGAACUUGUGUUAGAAUCAGAAAGCCAUUCUAAUGACUUGACUGUCUCCAAUACCAUUUUACAUGAAUCUUCUGUCCAAGAGACUUCCCUUAAUGGUGUCAAUAUUGAAAAUUUAUCUGAUGUUGUUGGAAACGAUGUUGCUCCAGUUACCCCUCAACUCGAGGAUCUCAUUGAUAGAGCUCUUGGGCUUGGACCUACUGCUGUGUCCAGUAAAAAUUAUGGAGUUGAACCAUUACAAGUUGACAUGAUGGAAGAACAUCAUGAAGAAGCAAGAGAUAAACCUUAUAUUUCAAAAGCUGAGAGAAGGAAGCUCAAGAAAGGUCAGAGAAGUAGUGCUACAGAUGCAGAAGUUGAGCGGGAAAAGGAAGAACUGAAAGACAAUGUUGUUUCUGUUGACCAACCUGAAAAGCAUGUUCAAAACAAUAAGCAAGGCGGAGGGAAAAUCAGUCGUGGUCAGAGGAGUAAGCUUAAGAAGAUGAAGGAGAAGUAUGCCAAUCAGGAUGAGGAAGAGAGGAGUAUUCGGAUGGCUUUACUGGCUUCUGCUGGAAAUACACGCAAGAAUGAUGAAGAGAUUCAAAAUGGAAAUGAAGCUACUGACAAAGGGAAGAUAUCUAUUACCAGUACUGAAGAUGCUCUGAAAGUAUGUUAUAAAUGUAAAAAGGCAGGUCACCUAUCUCGGGAUUGCCCAGAACAUCCUGAUAGUUUGAAUAGUCAUGCAGAUGGUGCUGUAGAUAAAUCUCAUGUGAGUUUGUUUGAUUCCACCUCUGAGGUGGACAGGGUGGCUAUGGAGGAGGAAGAUAUUCAUGAGAUAGGCGAAGACGAGAAAGAGAGGUUGAAUGACUUGGAUUACUUGACUGGGAACCCACUGCCUAUUGAUAUUCUCUCAUAUGCAGUGCCUGUCUGUGGUCCAUACAGUGCAGUGCAGUCAUACAAGUACCGUGUGAAGGUUAUUCCUGGUACUGUAAAGAAAGGAAAAGCUGCAAGAACUGCCAUGAACUUAUUUAGCCACAUGCCAGAUGCAACUAGUAGAGAGAAAGAAUUGAUGAAAGCGUGUACAGAUCCUGAACUAGUAGCUGCAAUUGUUGGCAAUGUGAAGAUCACUGCUGCAGGACUUACACAAUUGAAGCAGAAGCAAAAGAAAGUUAAGAAGAACAACAAAGGUCAAAGUUAGCAAGCUAGCCUCAGGCUGGGAGUUUGUAAAAGCCAAGGACCAUAUGCCUACGACAAUAUCCUUUAUAAAUCUGUCGGGGGGGAAUUCAUGCCUUGUAGCAUAGCCAUUACAGUGCCAGGAUUGUACAAAAAGAGUUAUCAUAGAUGAUGUUAGUGAGAGGACGUCGUGAUCGUGGUAUGAGUUUUACAGGGAGGAAAUUUCCAUUUGUAUCAAGGUGUUUUUUCGAUGUUCAUGUGUCAUCCGGGUGCUAACUUUUACCUGGAAAUGUUUUUAACUUGAUUUUAUUUUUUGGUUAAGAUAUAUGCCGACUUUUAAGUUUUAAUA